GCCGGCAGAUUUGAGCCGUUUCCCACAUGAGACGCCUGUUGCGCAACAUGUGGUUCCUGCUGCAGUCGCAGGCACAUGUUGACAUGUUUCCCUGAGACAGCCGGAGCGGGGUUUUCCUCUGACGUGUCAUCUGCUGGCGAGGGCUCAGAUAUGUGCUGCAUGUGCGUUUGAGCCCAGAUCACUGCAGCUGAGGAUUUGCAUGGGAACAGGGUGCAGAGAUGAAAGACGGGAGUGGUUUUCUAGUGUGGAAGGUGUUGCUGCUGGGGGUGUGCGUGCUGCUGCUCCUGGGCUCCGCUGGGUUGCUGCUCCUGCUGGUUCAGCACCAGGGGCUCUCCAGGGACAUGCUCAGACUGGAGUCCCAGAUGCAGGAGCUGGAGCAGAGGUGCAGGCUGCAGGCGAGGAUCCUGCCUGCUGAGCCCGGAGAGGCUGCAGAGCUGAAGAAGCUCCACCGCAGCAGGAGGGACCAGGAAGGAGAACCGGAACAGGUCCUGGACCAAGACAUGAUGAUGAUGAUGACAUACUCCAUGGUUCCCGUGAAAGCCUUUGCAGACCUGUGCAACAGCUCCAGAGGACUCUGUCUGACAGGUCCACCUGGACCGGCAGGUGCUCCGGGCCAGCCGGGCUCACCUGGACCACCGGGUGCAUCAGGUCCAGCGGGCCGACGUGGGAAAAGAGGUUCUCCUGGUCCAGCGGGUCCACUGGGUCCUGCUUGUUGUUUCACCGAAGGGAGGAACCAGACCAGCAGAGCGCACCUUCAUCAAAACAACCAGUCAAAGGGGUCACCAGACAAACCCGACCACAGCAGCGAUGCCGUCACCCUGACCGACCACCAGAGGUUUCUGGAGACAACUAUGAAAUAUGAGUCUGUAUCUUUUCCAUGGAAGCCCGGCUAUGCCCUGGUAAAUGACACCAAGAGGGACAACGUCACCGAGGCUCCAGUUAAACCAUCAACAAAUGUGGUUUCACCUCGUCCAGACGGACCUGACACCCGGACUGACACCAGUUCAGAGCUUCUACCAGGAACGUCUCUGAAAUCACUAACAGCGGUACCAACAUCAAACCCGGGACACGCCACCACAGACGCCCUGAACGGCACCGGCUCUGAGAACCAUCUGGACUCAACACUGGGACCAGAGACGACGCCACAUGACCGAGGAGACAACGGAGACGGGCCAGACGGUUUGGGCAGUGAAACCGGUUCUGUUACCGGAGCGUCUCCUGGAUCUUUAACAGCGGUACCGACACCAGACCCGGGUCGUUAUGUUUCUGAGCCUGAAAAGCGUGAGCACGCAUACUUGAACCCUGAGUCCCAAACCCCCGACCCAGCUGAACCCACCAGACAUGUGCCGACUGCUGCAGAGACACUUACAACACCAGAGAGGAAGUUAAACCUGUGGAGCUUUGAGCUGUGGUUGCUGUGGUUGUUUCCUCUGUCUCUAGAGAGAGCAGCAUUUCACCAAGAUGGCGGUCCGGGCGGUGAAAAUGUUACAGGAGGAGCAGUAACGGUGUUCCCUGAACGACCAACCGAGCAUUCAGCUGCAGACGCCAGAGACGCCUCCAGCGUUACCGAUGCCAACAAACAUCCAUCCUCAACCAGGAAACCUGAGUUGGAACCUUCUUCUGUCUCCCUGGGUGACACCAACCGUGACGGCACCACGGAGGCUCCAGUUAAAUCAUUAGCAGAAGUUUUCCCCGUUAACUCGGGAGACCACGGUGAUGCCGUCAGUGGACGUGGAAACGUCCCCAAAGACAUCGGGACGAGUGAUGUGGUUUCACCUCGUCCAGACGGACCUGACACCGGGACUGACACCAGUUCAGAGCUUCUACCAGGAACGUCUCUGAAAUCACUAACGGCGGUACCAACACCAAACCCGGGACACGCCACCACAGACGUCCUGAACGGCACCGGCUCUGAGAACCAUCUGGACUCAAGACUGGGACCAGAGACGACGUCACAUGACCGAGGAGACAACGGAGGAGGGCCGGACGGUUUGGGCAGUGAAACGGGUUCUGUUACCGGAGCGUCUCCUGGAUCUUUAACAGCGGUACCGACACCAAACCCGGGACAUGCCACCACAGACGCCCUGAACGGGACCGGCUCUGAGACGCUUGCACAUACACACAUCAAUCUUGAAUCACCGAGUCCAAGUCCAACUGAGAAUAUCAGAAAUGCUGUAAACGGGACCGGCUCUGAGAACCAUCUGGACUCAAGACUUGGACCAGAGAAGACGCCACAUGACCGAGGAGACAACGGAGGAGGGCCGGACGGUGAAAGUGUUACCAAGGGACUGAUGAAUGCGUCAGGUUCGGCUGAUGGAAACCACAGCAGGGAGCUCUUCAGCGGAAGUGGAGCCUUCAUCAAAACGAGCACGAAAACCGUGUCAACAACACCUGAGAACACCAGAGAGGCUUUCAACUUCACUGAUUUUGAAAAUCAUCUGGACAGAAAAGAAGAACUUGCUUCAGCAUCGUUUCAUCAACACGACGGCCGCAACGCUCUGGACGACUCCAAAAGAGAGAACGAGUUAACCGCAACAUUAUUCCCAACUGCAUCGUCUGGGAACCAGAGGAGAGACAUGUCAACCAGCAGCAAAGACAUCCUGCACAAACCCAUGAAAAGUGACUCCUCCCAUGAUUUCCACGCCCACAAUAAGAUUAAUGUGACCACCAAUGAGAUACGGACAAAAACUGAUUGUCACAUUAAAACCAUUCAAUGUUCGGACAAGCCAACCAAAAUGCAAUCGACCUUUGGAGCCUUGAUGUCAGACGCGUCGCGGCAGGAUGACGCCCGAUUUUGGAUGGCAGAACAUUUCUCAGGUCGAGUUUUGCUGGAGUUCAGAAACAUGUCAUCGUUUCACAUAAACAACAAGACCAUAGACGUGGGGAGGUUCUACCAGGGUUGCGGUCAUGUCGUUUAUAAGGGCUCCUUUUACUUCCACCACGGAGGGCACAACAGGCUUGUGAAGUUUGACUUGAACACGGGGAGAACCAGAACUCGAAUCAUGCCGGAGAGCAGAUACCGCAACCUCCUGUAUCUUUUCAGAAACUCAAAGACAUAUUUCAAGUUUGCUGUGGAUGAGAGUGGACUGUGGGUCAUCUACGCCUCGAGCACGGACGAUAACGCAGUGGUUGCAAAGCUCGACCCCGACACGUUCACCGUGGAGUCCAUCAUUAACACGGCAUACCCCGCGGCUAAAGCAGGAAACGCUUUCCUCGUCUGUGGGGUGCUGUACUUCACAGAUGACAAAGACAAACGAGUGACGUAUGCCUUUGAUUUAAUGACGCAGAGUCCUCUCGACGCAAGUUUUGAUCUAAGGCCGUCCAGUGGCAUCUUGGCGAUGCUUUCAUAUUAUCCACACAAAAGGCUUGCGUAUAUGUGGGACAACAGAAGUGUGAAUAUGUGUAAAGUGAAAUUCAAACACACAUGAAAAUGAUAAUCUGGCCGUUUUUUUGACUGUUUACAUCAGAAUUAUAAAACCUUUUUGUUAAAAUAUCAAGUAAAUCUUUAAUCUCAAAUAAUGACUAUAGCAGCAAGGCAUUAAAUGAGGUUCCCAAAGCUGGAAUAUGAAUCAAAGUACAACCCCAAAAUUUUUUGACAAUAUGGAAAAUGCAACAAAAUAAAUAAAUAAAUAAAAAGGCCUGCAACACAUUUUAAAAUCAGUCAUUACUGGGGAAAUGUAAUGCUUCAUUUCUGCUCUGUUGCUAUUGUUGUUCUACUUAUUGUUAUGGGUGUGAGCGUGCUGCUGAGUGUGUGUAUAACACAUGUAUCUGCGUGUGUGAGAUUUGGCUUAUUUGGAUGUGUUUUAGUGUUUUUUUUUAUUAUUUAUGUUGCUUCUUUUUUUAAUCCAAAGCACUGGUUGUAUCAGACGUGCCACACAAAUAAAGUUGAACUGAUUGGUUGUAA